UUUACACGGGACAGUCCAAUCCACCAAGACUUCCUAUGAGUUUCAGAAAUAAUUGAACUUCCUUCCAACUUCAGAAAAGUGCGACGAAAUGAAUAUGCAAAUAAUUUUGCUAUGCAUGUGCUUUAUGUGUUUUACGUGCUGCAAUGCCAUACCAUGUGACUCCUGUGGCAAGGAGUGUGCCAGUGCCUGCGGAACCAAACAUUUUCGAACCUGCUGCUUCAACUAUCUACGCAAACGCAGCGAUCCGGAGGCACUGCGUCUUAGCUCAGAUAAGCGGCUGAUAGACUUUAUACUGCUGCAAGGACAUGCUCUCUUCACGCAGGAGUUGCGCGAACGCCGCAACAAUGGCACCCUUAAUGAACUGGACAUAACCAACUACUAUAAUUGAAAACCGCAACUGAUACCGGCAACUACAAUACAGGAAUAAAGGACUGUUUGAAAUGUUAAUUUUUCAAUAAAAGGCGUACAACUUUUGGGCAAUGUGCUUUAUAAAGCAGUUAA